AUGUCGCCAACCAAUGAUGCACAAUCGUCAUCACCAUCGCCAUCGUCAAAGGAAGAUAUAAGGGGUCAGUUAUCAGAUAUACAAAAACGAUUAUUCAAACGACCUUCACGAGUUCCAAGAGAGCCAAAUCAUGCCAUUAGUACAGGAGCAGCAUCGCAUGAUAAUACUCACGCCUCAUUUAUUUCUGACGAACCAAAGCGUCAUGCAUUGGCCAACUUUCUCCCUCCAAUUCCACCAUCAGCAGCUGGUCGAACAAAGGGAGAAUCAGCAACAGGAACAGCAACAGGAACAUCUACUGCGCACCCAUCGGCUCUUCUGAACCCCGGUCCGUUGUUGUCGUCGUCGUCGCCAUCACCAUCAUCAUCAUCAACACAAUCAUCAUCUAAGCUGCGUUCCAAAUUACCACACAAAAGCUCAGGGAAACUAAUAUCUUCGCUUUCCACACCCAGUUUGGGUCCUCCGGGUCCAGAUUCAAAGGGUAAUGACAUGAACUUUGUAGUUGGCUUGAGUGAAAACUUACUUAGUGAAUGUCGUCGAUUAAACGCUGAAAACUCCAAGAUCAAACAAAAGUUAAAGUCCGCAGUUGAUGAAAUUCAAUUGUUCAAGGAUGAGAUUUUUCAAUUGAGAAAUUACAACCAAAUCUAUAGCUCUAAGGAAGAAGCAUUAAAGGAUAAAAAUUGGGCGUUGGAAACGGAUGCCAUUCAAUUAAGAGAAGAGUUAUCGAUGGUUAAGCAAGAGAAUGACAAAUUAAAAGCAUUAGAAGCUGACUUGAACAAAAAAAUUGAAGUGCUCACAGCUGAUAACGACUCAUGGGCACUAAAGAAUGAAGUGUUGACGAAGAAUUUGGAGGAUGACAAAAAAGAAUGGGAGAAGGAGAGAAUGGAGUUGAAUAAGCGAAUAACUUAUUUGAAUGACGAGAACGAUUUGAUGCAUUUGAAAUUAAGUGGAGGGGAUGUUUCUAGUGUUAUUGAUUUGAGUAAACUGGAAAUUAAAACUGGAGCUGACAAAGAUGGAGAGGAACAGGAAAAUGAGGAAGCAGCAAACAUCACGUUUGAUCUGAUAUUAGAAGAAUUAAGACAUCACGAGGAAAAUCCUGAACUUUCAGUACUUUCAAAUACGCAAAGUGAAGUAGAUAUGCUCAGAUCGAGGUUACAAGAAGCGAAUGAGACAAUUGCUAAAUUGAAAAAUUCUGUGAUCAAACUCAAGGAUAUUCAAGAGAAUGCUUCACCUCGCCAUCAUCAAAACCACCACCACCCCAACUAUCCUCCUCCUAAUCACCAAACAUUUGUCCAGCUGCAAAGGACACCAAUGAAAAUUAAUCAACCGGUUACCCCGCUAAUGCACGUGCCUAACAAGCGAUUCUCCAUGAGUUCACCAAGUAAAAGAAAUUCCAAAAUUUCAAUUAAGAGUGAGGAUAAUGACAGAAAGAGCAUUGAUUGGGAGAAGGACUUGGUGGAGAAUAUUUCGACCCCUUCAAAACCAUUAGCAACAGAUAACAUGGAUGCUCAAGGUGACAACUCAUCAAUAAACAGUAGGAACUUUGAUGUUGCUGGAAACGAAGACGACCUCGAGAUACCAUACUUGGUCGAUUCGUCAGAUUCAGAUUCAGAUUCAGAUUCAGAGACAGUCGAUGCUGGAGCAUCUCCUUCAAAGCGUCUGAAGUCCACAUUAAAUACAAAAUCUGUUUCAAAGCUCAGCGAAGAGCAAAUACAGCGUUAUGUUAAGCAAAACAAAUUGGUUAUGCUUCCAGUUGGUGAAUAUGAGCAACUACAGAAAAAUUGUGUCAAGAACGACGAUAAGUUGAUAGACAUUGCGUCUUCUCGCGGUUACAAAAUUUUGAAAAGAGAUGUAUACGAGGACUUGCUAGACGAAGAGAAGAUGAAGAGUAAAUUGGAGUCUAACGGUAUCGUUACUUUACCAGAAACCGAAUUUGUAGAAAUGCAAGGCAAACUAUUGAAGUUUGAAGAUCCAAAUAUCGAAUACAUCACCGAAAAGGCAAAUACUAUGGGCUACAUUGUGACUACUACUGACAAUUAUGACAACUUGACGCAACAGGCCAAGAACCCAACUUUGGACCAGCUCCAUAUUUUGGCCAGGAGUCACGACUCUUCAGUAGUACUGAACAAUGAGUUGAAACGCUUACAGGAGCCAUCUAGGGAAGCAUUGCAAAGUUUUGCCAAGAAAUUAAAUUUGGCUGUCAUUCCUGAAAAAGAGUACGAAACUUUUACUAAACCAUCAAUUACACAUAUCAAGGAUAGGGCACAAGAGCUCAAUCAUACAAUUUUGCCAAUAGAAGAGCACAAUAAGCUUGUCGAAAAUAUCGAGAAUCCUACUCUUGACUACUUAAAGGCACACUUACCAAAACAUAAACACACAAUCAUUAGCAACGAAACUUACAACAACUUAAUCACUAGGGCAACAAAUCCAAGCGAGGAAGAAGUCAAGGUGAAUGCAAAUAGACACGGUAUUAUUACGUUGACACAAUCGGAGUAUGUCAAAUUGUACAAGGAUGCCAACGACCCGAGCUUGGAACACCUUAGAAAACAUGCAAACAAUAUGGAGUACACUGUGGUGAGCUUAACAGGAUAUGAAAGUUUGCGAGCUCUGGCAGAAAGCCCAAGUUUAGACAUUGUGGCAAAGAAGUACCCAAAUCAUAAGAUCUUGUCCCGCGCAGAGUUUAAUAAGCUCACCAAGAAAUCCACGGAACCGCUUUCUUUGGACCAAUUGAGGGCAAAGUGCGAGGAAUCUGGCUUGGUGGCUUUGCCAAAGGAGGAGUAUCUGAAGCUUCAAGAUGUAGCAAAAGUCACGCCAACUGAUGACCAGCUCAAGGAGUUUGCUGCAAAAGCAGGACUUGCCGUCGUUAGCUCUACAGAAUUGAACACUUUGAAAGAAAUAUCUGCUUCUACAGUUGAAAAGGAAGAAGCAGCGUCAGUAGCAGCGCCAGUAGCAGCACCGGUAUUAGCAGCUCAAGGAAAAGAUACUGCUAUCGAGAAAGGAUUUGAUAAGAGGAACAAAGAUUCAGUUGCAAGUUUAUCUCUUGAACAACUUCAAACUCAAGCUAAAUUACUCAACUAUUGCAUUAUUACAGAAGAUGAAAGGAGGAAAUUGGAAAAGAAUUGGAAUGAUGAGAGCAGAAUUCAAGAAUGGGCAGAGAAGGAGAACAUGGUGUUGAUGGGAAAAUCAGAAUAUGAGAAACUUUGCAGUCCAGAUUUAGCUUCUCUUUCUAUAAACGCUGAAAAAUUGGGAUUUACAAUUAUUGCAGAAGAUGAACUUUUGAAAUUGAAGAAUCCUGAAAUCUCCGAUUUGAAGACCCAUGCCAAGAAAUACGAGAAUGUGUUGCUUUCUCAACUUGAAUUCGAACAAUUACAAAAACUUGCACACGAACCCAGCUUAGACCAUAUCGAGGAGGUUGCUAAAAAGUUAGAUUACGUACCAGUAAGUAAGAGUGAUCAUGAAGCUUCUCAGGAACUCAAGACUAAUCCAAGUAGAGACUUUGUUGAGAAUGCAGCUUCGAAACUUGAUUUGAAAGUCAUUGAGAUUAACAGACUUCGUGAUUUGCAUGAAAAGAUUGAAAAGCCGAAAUUGGAUUACUUGAAAGAAAAGCUUCUCGUGCAUCAUUAUGUUGCAGUAGACAAGGAAGAAUUUGACAAGUUAAACGACGCUUUACUGUCACCAUCAGUGGAGUAUCUUAAAGAGAAACUGAAAGAUGCAAGUCUCAUUGUUGUACCUCAACAGGAAUAUGAGCACUUGGAAAAGUUAGCCACAUCACCCGAAAUUGAUCACUUGACGAAAUUGGCGUCUGCUUCUAAUUUGUCCCUCGUGCCUACUCAAGAGUAUGAUAAUCUCAAGAACAAGGUUGCUAAUCCAAGCUUGGAAUUUCUCACAGAUAAUGCUAACUCAAUUGGCCACAAGGUUGUAAAACAAGAUGAAUGGAAGUCGUUAAAACAACUGGCUGAAAAUCCCGACCUUGAGCGCAUUAAGGAAUUAGCAUCUGCAAAGAACUUGAAAGUUAUGCUAGUCGAUGAACACGCUGAAUUGAUUCACAAGGCCGAUUCACCAGAUGUUGAGCAUAUCAAGCGUGUAGCAGCAAAUCAUUCACACGAAGUCAUACCAGCAGAUGAAGUAGCCGUAUUGAAGAAAACAGCAAAUGAGCCAGAUGUUGAGCAUAUCAAGCGUGUAGCAGCAAAACAUUCACACGAAGUCAUACCAGCAGAUGAACACGCUGACUUGAUUCGCAAAGCCGAUUCACCGGAUGUUGAGCAUAUCAAGCAUGUAGCAGCAAAACAUUCACACGAAGUCAUACCAGCAGAUGAAGUAGCCGUGUUGAAGAAAACAGCAAAUGAACCAGAUGUUGAGCAUAUCAAGCGUGUAGCAGCAAAACAUUCACACGAAGUCAUACCAGCAGAUGAACACGCUGACUUGAUUCGUAAAGCCGAUUCACCGGAUGUUGAGCAUAUCAAGCGUGUAGCAGCAAAACAUUCACACGAAGUCAUACCAGCAGAUGAGCACUCUGACUUGAUUCGUAAAGCAAAUGAACCAGAUGUUGAGCAUAUCAAGCGUGUAGCAGCAAAACAUUCACACGAAGUCAUACCAACAGAUGAGCACGCUGAAUUGAUUCGUAAAGCGGAUUCACCAGAUGUCGAGCAUAUCAAGCAUGUAGCAGCAAAACAUUCACACGAAGUCAUACCAGCAGAUGAACACGCUGACUUGAUUCGUAAAGCAAAUGAACCGGAUGUUGAGCAUAUCAUAAAGGUAGCCUCUGCCAGAGAUUACGAAGUGAUUACAAAGAGCUCAUACAACACUUUGGUGAAAAAUGCCGAGAAUCCAGAGUUUGAACACAUUAAAGCCGUCGCUUCGAAAGUGGAUAGCAUUGUUUUGCCACUUUUAGAGUAUAAUGAGCUUCAGAAACAAGCGAAUGAACCAUCUAUUGAGCAUCUCCGCAAACUUUCGGAAAACAUUGAACACGUGGUAGUGCCUAAAUCUGAGUACAAUGUAUUACAGAAUCCUUCAAGGGAGGAUCUUGCAAACCACGCUGCAAACCAUGGACUCGUUAUUGCUUCUGAAGAUGAAAUGGAACUGCUCAGGAAACAAGUGGAACAACCUGAUAUGGAUUACUUAAAGUCCAAGGCUAAAAACAUUUACUCCUCUUUAAUCAUUUCAAGCAAAGAGUUUGAUAGAUUGACAAAGAUAGCGAACUCGCCAGGUUUGGAUUAUUUGAAAGAAAAAGCACUAGAUCAAAAUCAUGUGUUGUAUCAGAAAGACGAGGCAAAUAAGCUUGAGUCACUUGCAAACAAUCCAAAAGAAGAUCAUAUCAAGGCGGUAGCAAAAGCUCAAGGAUUGGUGGCAAUAACCGAAAAUCUUCACAGGUCAUUGUUGUCGCCUUCGAAAGAAGCAAUUGAAAAGCAUGCAUCGUCAAUGGGUCACACGCUUGUACCACUGAAGGAGUUGUCGAGAUUGCAAGAAGUAGAGAAACUUCCUUCAAAAGAGUUCCUUAGAAGCAAAGCAUUGCAACAUGAUUGCGUUGUUCUUUCAACUAAGGAGCAUGUAGAGCUCACAAAUUUGGCUAACGAGCCAUCUAGAGAUCAUGUUAAAAAGACCGCUGAAGCUGUAGGGUUAGCUGCCAUCCCCGCCGCCAAAUAUGAGACAUUAUUAUCAUCAUUGGCCAAACCAAGUGUCGAAUACCUUAAAGAUAAAGCUCAAGAAAAUGGAUUUGCACUUGUAUCAGAAGAUGAAUUAAAAUCUUUGAAGGAUAGUUUAGAAGAACCAGAUUUUGAGUACCUCGCCAAUAAGGCAAAAACAUCUCAUCGCUCUGUUCUUGUGGAUGAAAACGAAUAUUCGAAUCUUCAGCAAACAAGUAAUAACCCUUCAACAGAGUUUCUUAAUGACAAAGCGCAUGUAUAUGGUUUGGAAUUGAUCGACAGGAGCGAGCUUAAAGAGUUGAAGAGAUUGAGUGUUCAUCCUACUAAAGAGGAAUUGACCGCAACUUCAAAGAAAUUAGACCUCGUGGUUUUAGAUGCCAUUGAAUAUGAUAAGCUUUGCCACAAAUUGCAGGAGCCAAGUAUAGAUUACCUCCAAGAACAUGCUUUCAAGCUUGACCACAGUAUUAUUCUGACUGAAGAUUACAAUAAGUUGACAACUUUGGCAAACUCUCCAUCUAAAGAGCAUCUCGAGGAGCAUGCAAAAUCAGCCGGUUUGAUUGUUUUACCAAAAACAGAUCACGAAAAAUUGCUCAAGGACCUUAAAGACCUUAACGAUCCUAAGGAAAGCAAGUUAGAACAAUGGGCUGCAGGAAAAGGUUUAGCACUUGUUAAAGUUACAGAACUUGCCAAGCUUAAGGAACAAAUUGAUUCCCCAAGUCUUGAGUACUUGGCCGCACAUGUUUUAAAAAAUGGUAAAAUAAUAGUUUCGGAGACAGAAUGGAAGGACCACCAGCACCAAGUAGAGAACCCAAGUUUGGAAUAUCUCAGGUCCAAAUCUGCAGACCAGAAGUUGACUUUGAUUGAAGCUGAGAAACUUGCAGCUCUUGAACGUAGUGUUGAAUCGCCUUCGCUUGAAGUAAUAACAGAAAAAGCUAAAGCGCUCAAUUUUGAAGUAAUUAGUGAAUCCGAGUACCUUUCACUAAAGGAUAAAGCUGCUAAUCCAACUUUGGAGUCAUUAAAACAACAUGCUGCUAGCAAACAAAUGAUUUUGAUACCAGAAAACAAAUACGAAGAGUUAUUAGAACCAUCAGAACAGGCCUUGGUUAGCAAUGCCUCAAAAUUGGGAUUGGCAAUUAUUGCAAAGUCUGAAUUGGAUAUAUUAAGGAAGCAACAUGACCUGCCAAGUUUAGAAUUUUUGGAAUCAAAAGCAACAGCUUACGGCUACUGCGUUGUUUCGAAGGAAUCAUUUGACAAAUUGUCUCAAACCGUUGAUACACCAUCUGAACAAUUCCUUGAGGAUCAUAGUCUGAGAUUGGGUUUAAGAUUGGUCAAAGAACAGGACUAUGUGCAAUUACUCAAGGAGUCAUCAAAUCCGUCACAUGCUUAUUUGGCAUCCAAGGCUACACAAUUAAAUAUGACGUUAAUCCCUAUCGAUCAAUUCGAGGAAUUGACAGCAAAAUUAAAUUCACCUUCCUUGGAUCAUUUGAUUGAAAAGGCAAUUAAACUCGAUCAUAAGGUUGUGCCUCUCUCGGAGUUUGAGAGUUUGAAAAUGAAGGAAGACCCUAUUGAUUAUUUGGCAAAGCACAAGAAAAUGGUUGCACUUUCCGAUGACGAACACAGAACUUUAGUAAAUCAAGCUAAUAGAAGUUUGGAAGAUUUUGCUGAGGAGCAAAACAAAAUUGUUCUACAUGUUGAUGCCCACUCUUCUUUGGUUCAAGCAGCAUCAAGAACUGCACACGAUCUUGCACGUGAAAAUAAUUUGAUCGUGUUGGACAAGAAUGAACAUACUACACUCACGACCAGAGCUGCAAUGUCAUUGGAUGAUCUUGCAAAUGAGAAGGACAAGGUUGUGUUGGACAAGGAUGAACAUAAUACACUCACGACCAGAGCUGCAAUGUCAUUGGAUGAUCUUGCAAAGGAGAAGGACAAGGUUGUGUUGGACAAGGAUGAACAUAAUACACUCACGACCAGAGCUGCAAUGUCAUUGGAUGAUCUUGCAAAGGAGAAGGACAAGGUUGUAUUGGACAAGGAUGAACAUACUACACUCACGACCAGAGCUGCAAUGUCAUUGGAGGAUCUUGCAAAGGAGAAGGACAAGGUUGUGUUGGACAAGGAUGAACAUACUGCACUCACGACCAGAGCAGCAAUGUCAUUGGAGGAUCUUGCACGAGAGGCUGAAAAAAUACUACUCCCAGUUUCUGAACACAAACUAUUAGAAGAGAAAGCGCAAAGAUCUGCCAGAGAAAGGGCUGCUGAAGAAGGUUUAAUUGCACUUCCUACAGAAGAAGUCUCUAAAAUGAAAGAAACAAUUGCUAAUCCAUCUUUGGAAUAUCUUCAAAAAUCUUGUGAGAGACACUCGACUGUGUUAGUGCCAAAAGGAGAUUAUGAAUCCCUCAAGAUGCAAGCUAGUGAGUCUCUCGAGGAAAAGGCCAAGAAAUCCGGUUUGGCACUUAUCGAAUCUACAAGAUUACAGGAACUCAAUGAGACAGUGACAAAUCCGACAAGAGAGCACUUGCAUACAAAGGCAAAAGCAUUGGGUCUCGUGGUUGUAGAGACAGCAGAGUUUAUGGAUAUUAGUCAACGUGCGCAAAGGUCACUCGAGGACAUUGCACAAGAACACCAUGUUAAAUUUGUACCAUUCAAUGAAUACGAAGAAAUGAUCCAAAUGGUUAAAAACCCUUCGCAAGAAUUUUUAACAAAGUCUGCCUCAGCACAAGGCUACAAAGUAUUACUAGAAAAGGAAUACGAGGAGCUAGUUGCCAAGAGCAGAGAGUCAUUGGAAGCAAAGGCUGGUGCAGCAGGUAUGGUUGUUAUUAGCCAAGCAGAAUUUAGUCAUUUGCUGAAUACACACAAAGAGCUUCUGGAAAAUGUCGAGAAAUUGGAAGCAACAAAUAAGGAAUUCCUCGCUGAACGUGAUAGUUUAAACAGCCAAAUCUCAACCAUGUUGGCGAAGUUGGACAAUCCAGAUUUGGCGUAUGUCAAAUCAAAGGUGGAAAAUUUCAACAUGACUGUUCUCCCACUUGCUGAAUUUAACCAAUUUGAACAAUUGAAGAAGUCCUUGAGUGAUGUAGAUCGUCAACUUAAAAAAUGCAGUCUCAACAAACCGCUUGUAUUGGUGUUUGAAGACGAGUACAGACAUAUACAAACACUUGCUGAAACUAGUCUCGAAGAUCGUGCUAAGGAACAAGAGCUUGUAUUGUUACCAGCUGAAGAAUACUCGAGAUUCCAGGAAACUGAGAAUUCGAUCACAAAUGAUAAUGAAAACUUGAGAAAGCAGAUCGACUCUCCCGAUAUCAAUUAUUUAAAAACAAAAGGUGAGUCUCUUGGACUUGCGGUGAUUGAAAAGCCCCAAUUGGAGGAACUUGAAGCGCUUGCUAAUUUAUCUCUUGAAGAUCGCGCUGCCAAGGAUCAGAGGGUGCUUCUUACAAAGGAGGAAUACGAUUUCCUCAACAGCCCUCAACUUGAGACCUUAAAAACACAUUCCAGCCGUUAUGAUCAUGCUGUUAUACCAAUAGCGGAAAUGGAUCGAUUAUACCAAUUGGAAAGUUCUCCGCCUAUAAGUUUUAUAAAUGAGCAUGCAGAGAUGAAUAAUCUCAAGUUGCUAACCCAAGAUGAUCACUCCAGGCUUGUUUCUUUAGCAAAUAUUCCAUUACAAGAUCGAAUCAAUGAUGCAGAAAUGAAAUUGAUCAAGAAUGAAGAAUACGAUGACUUAAUAGUCAAAGCACACAAACCAUCUCUUGAACAUCUUACAGGGUUGGCAACUUCGAUUGGGUUAUCGUUGGUACCAAUACAUGAAUUGAAUGAGAUGAGGGACAUUUUGAAACAAACUUUAAAUGAACGUGCAGAGAGGGAGGGCUACGUAGUUUUGACUACUAAGGAGUAUGAGCUUAUGAAAUCAAACUUGCAGAGCUUAAGUGAAAAAGCAAAUACACCGAUCUCGGCUCGAGCAGAGGAGGAAGGAUACGUACUUGUAUCGAAGCCUGAGUACGAUCAAUUGAAUACAAUCGCAUCCACAAGUCUUGAGGAUAGAGCAGCAGAGUCUGGUCUAGUUAUGGUAAACAAAUCUAUUCUUGAGAAUUUGCAAAAACAGGCCGAGGAGAGCAAUAAUGUAAUUGAAGGUGAAAACAAAGGCGUGGCUUUAAAUGACGAUAGCAAAGAUUCUUUAGCAAGUUCGCCAAAGAUGGAGAAAGCUUCAGCAGGUGAUCAAAACUAUAAUCCAUCAGAGUCUGAAUUGAGAGAAGUAGCGGCAAGCUUAAAUUUGAUACUUUUGUCGCAGCAAGAGUACGAUGUAUUAACCACAAUGGAUCAGGACAAACUUUCAGAAGUGGCCAAGAACUUCUCACUUGCAGUGGUACCUGAGUCUGAGCUUGUAAGGUUAAAACAAACAUCAGCCGAAAAAGAUGCUGUUGACCUUAAGGCCAAAAGUCUUGAAAGCGAACUCAACCAGUUGAAGAGCGAGGUUGAUGCAUUACUGAGCAAAGAGCUGAUAAUCAAUAUUGCAAGAAAGAAUGGAUUGUUACCAGUAGCUGAAUCGAAAUAUAUUGCGACAACGACGCACCCUACUCCAGAUUUGGAGAAUGUUAGAGUUGUACCAACCAGUUAUUUCCACCAACUUCUUAAGAUGAAGUCACUAACUGUAGACAAGAUUUCGGAAGAAGCAUUUGACAAGCUUGCCUUACAACGCGGUUACGUACAGAAAACAAAUGAGCAGCAAUCAUCGCCUGUCACUAAAGAAGUUGACACUUUCAAGGAUUUGGGAUCUACACAACUAGCAUCACCAGCGACCGCAGUAUCAGGAGCUCAAACAAGAGCAAUUGAGGAAGGAAACGCCGUUACAAGGUAUACCUCACCAUCACAGACCGCUAUCAACAGAGGAAACGAAUACUCUGCUAGAAGAAGCAACAUUGGCAGAGGCGGUAACAUUCCACCAUCUGCUUCAAUCAGAUCAAACUUGUCUGCAGAAUCUAUUAGAUCUGCAGCCGUGUUUUCAAUGGCGACGGAUGUUUCGUUCACAGAUCGUCUGAUGAUCCCAGCAAUUACGCAAGUGGUUAUUGGUGAGUAUCUUUUCAAGUAUUACAGAAAGUUUGGUGCAUCUGCCUUAAGUGGAAUUGCCGAUACACGUCACGAAAGAUAUUUCUGGGUUCACCCAUACUCUUUGACGUUGUAUUGGUCUGAGAGUAAUCCAGUCUUGUCGAACCCAUCAUCGGUGAAAACACGUGCUGCGGCAAUAGUCAGUGUUGAGAGUGUGGAUGAUAACAAUCCUAUUCCGACCGGAUUAUACUACAAGAGUAUAGUUGUGCAUUCGAAUGGUAGGUCAAUCAAAUUUACAUGUGCGACAAGACAGCGUCAUAAUAUCUGGUACAAUGCUUUGCGCUAUUUGAUAAGCCGUAACAUAGACGAGUUAAAGAUCGAGGAGGACACUGAAGUUGAAGGGAUUAAUGCUGAUGAACACCAUGCUGAGGGAUUGACACCUAGCUAUGAUUCUCAAAAAAACUUGGAGGCUUUAAUGGAUACUGGUGAUCGUCGUGCUUAUCCCAGACCAAAGAGAAAUAGCUCUCACCCGGGAACACCAAAAGAAUCUUCAGGAAGGCUUUCUAGAUUUCAGUCGUUCCGUAAAUAA